AUGCUGGUGUUAGCAUCAUUGGGUAGUUGGCUACCGUUCGCUAUUGUGACGAUCUUAAUCGUCUUGUUUUCGCUGAUAUUUACUUCCCGAUAUCAACAGAAGCGGAAACGAGAUUAUCUUGUUACGAUUACCUGUUCGAUUUCGUUGAUUAUUGCUUUACUUACGGCUAGUUUAUUGCCAACGGAUGUUAUUCUCGUGUCAUUUAUGAAAAAUUCUGAUGGAACAUUCAAAGACUGGACACAAAAUCAGACAACGAGGGAUGAUAUUCAGCACUACGUGGAAAUUGGAUACUACGUACUCUACGGUCUUGUCAUUGGCAUGGCAUUUCUUGUCAAUCCAUUCCUUUUCUUCUACUAUGAAGAGAAAGAGGAAGGUGAGAAAAUAUCGAAGAGAAUUUGUUCGGCAAUCAAAUGGACAACUGGAUUUUUAAUCUUUCUCGUUGUUCUACUUGUGCUUGGUAUAUUUGUUCCUCAAUUGGCAUCUCUGCCAUCCGACAAUUCCACUAGCGAAUGGGAAAAUGUCAAAUAUUUAGUCAAUCAUUUUGACAGUCCAAGAAUACAAGACUCAAUUUCAUUUGCAAUUUUUACAUUAAGUAUCAUUGGUUUUUUUCUUCUAACCGUCUAUACAGGUUAUGGUUCCAUUGCUUGCCCAUUAACGCUUAUUCGAGGAAAAAGAAGUGCACGAUUACAACAUGAGGCGAUCGAAGAACAACGAGCUGGAAUUCGGGCUCAAAUACAAGCGAUAAAAGAUCGAUAUCCUCGACAUGUUUCAAUGCCAUCACGCGAGAAACGUAAAUUAGAGGGUCUCGAACAAAAAGAACUAGUCUUGAGUCGAAAUGAAGAAUCGAUUAAAAUUGUUCGUCGAAGUUUCUUUUUCAAAUGUCGUUUUAUCUAUCGUCCAACACAAAUUGUCUUCGGCGUUUUACUACUUCUAUUAGCUCUGCUUAUAUUCGUCUCACUUCUAAUGAGCAACAUUAAUAAAUGCAUACAUUUCGUCGAUUUUAAACAAAUAUUUGCUCAAGGGAAUAAAACCUUACCGAAUCCAAUUGAUAUCGUUUUGACUUGGACCGGAAAGGUUUAUCCGGCAAAUUAUAUCGUAUUAUCAUUGUUACUAGUCUAUAUCAUCUUCACGUCUGUGUUUGGUUUGCAACAACUUGGUAUUUGGUACUUCUGCGUUCGAAUGUAUCGAUUUUCUCGUGGACGAACAAAACCACAAGCUAUUUUAAUGCUCUGUUCAUUUAUGAUGUUCAUUGUCGUUGCAAUAAACGUCUUCGUAUAUCUUCUUAUUCCUCAGUAUUCAAUUUAUGGUGAUCAACAUUACGCUGUCAAAGAACAUGAUGGGACAAUGGUUGUUAAACCUUGUACGCAGUACGUUACCACUGAUCAAUGUCAAAUGACAGUGAUGGGCCGUAUAAUCCUUCGAUUUUUCUAUAAAGUGUGGUUUUUCGGUGCGGUUUACUUUUGUCUCAGUUGGUUAUUUCUUCUUAUGUUUGUUGUGAGCAGUUUGGUGAAAAUAAUCCGUAGUCGAGAAUCGAAUAUUCAAGAGUUCUCCGUCGAACGUCUAUUAGAAGAUGAUGACGAUGAAGAUGCACCAUUGAUUCAAUGA